CCGGUCCGCAAGACGUCAAGUCUCGAAGAAGUAUCAAAGUGAUAUCUUGAUGGCAGCAUGAGCGAAACCUGAAAUCGUCCUCUUCUCCUAGUAGUUUAAAAUGGGUAUUGACCUUAAGCGUCAUCACGUUAAGAACUCUAACCGCAGUGCUCCCAAGUCCGACAAUGUCUACUUGGCCCUGUUGGUCAAGCUUUACCGUUUCCUUGCCCGUCGCACUGAUGCCAAGUUCAACAAGGUCGUCUUGAAGCGUCUCUUUAUGUCUCGUGUCAACCGUCCCCCUGUCAGUCUCUCUCGCGUUGUUCGUAGCGCCAAGAGCAACAGCACUGUUGUUAUUGUUGGCACUGUUACUGAUGACAGCCGUCUCCUCGAAGUUCCCAAGAUCUCUGUUGCUGCUCUUCACUUCACCAAGACUGCCAAGGCUCGUAUCUUGAAGGCUGGUGGUGAAUGUUUGACCUUGGAUCAAUUGGCUCUCCGUGCCCCUACUGGUGCCAACACCGUCCUCAUCCGUGGUGCCAAGAACGCUCGUGAAGCUGCCAAACACUUUGGCUUCGGUCCUCACAAGAACAAGAAGCCUUAUGUCCGUUCUGAAGGCCGUAAGUUCGAACGUGCUCGUGGUAAGCGUUCUUCUCGUGGCUUCAAGGUUUAAAUGACGACCCGCUCGUGAACAAUACGUGUGUAUGUGUAUGUGUGUAAGAUUGUUUAAAAAGAGAAAAAAUGAACGAGAUAAAAGUAAAUACAAUAUUUCUUUUUGUACAGAGACAAAG